AUGGUAGUGACCACCAUCGCUCGAGGUGAGAGCUCGGCAGCUCUGAAGACCAUGCGAGUUCUGCACAUCAUAUGCCUGGAGAACACAGCGGUUGCUCUCCCACAGUAUAGAGGCGAAGUGAGAGGUUUCUUGUCGGAUCAGGGGACGGAGCGGUUGAUCUGCAAAUACCCCUUAGAUACUGCAGCCAACGUCAAGGAGGCAGUGCGGGGACUUGCCAGGGACACAGGAGCUGCCGCCGCCGCACAUGAGAGGGUGCGAGCACUACCUUUUUUUCCGGAAGCCUUGGAAAUACCUGGUUCUUUGCACGUGGUGUUCAACACCCUGGAGGCUGUAGUGAAGAGUGUACCUGAGUUUGAGGUACUGCACAAGCAGCUGAACACGGUGUGCAGGUUGCUCACACCCCGCAGCUACCAAGAAGUAGUCGAGGUCAAGAUGCUCGAUGCGGGGGCCCCUGCGGGGGCGGGCACAGCAGCAGACAAGCAGACAUUGCAUAAGUUCCGGGACACUUUGUUGGAGUGGCGGCACUGGAGGCCAGAGGAAUUUGGCUCCGAUGUGCAUAUUGCAAAGCAGAUCACGGAGAUUCUUGAGGAUGGCAUGCAUGGUUGGAUGGUUGUGUGGGCUGGGAAGUUCGCGGAGGCGGCAACCCGCCUUGCACAUUGGAUCGAGGGUUGUUUCUGCCACGAGCAUAUAUUGGUUUCCCAGCCAGCCUCCAAACGGCGAAAGACAAUGAUGGAAGAAACUGGAUCUGGCACUUGUUGCUGGAAGGGGAAGAGGCUUCCAGAGCUGGCCUGCGGGAAGAUGACGGACCUCAUCCAGUACUUUACAAACCAGGCCCGCACAGAGUACAUCUCGCAGAUGCUCGCUGCACCGGCUGAUGUCCGAGCACGUGUUACGGCGAUAGAUGCACUCGCGACAGAGCAACUUCGCGUGGUCCUCGAGCACAAGUUUGCAUAUGCACAGACCAUCCCUUGGGUGGUCUGUGCAGCAUUUGGGGGGUACACUGGCAUCCCCUGGGCUCGUUGCAAGGCCGCCAUUUCGGAAGGCUUUCGUCAGUAUUCCCAGGCGACAACAGGUGGCGCUUUUGUGGAUGCAGUGUCCUUUCGAGCCUUUUCCGGUCAGACGUUGGAAAGCCGGCAGCUAAAAGCUUUUGCAGACUCGGAGUUGCCCCUGCGCCAUUAUGCCGAGGCGUGGACCAUGGUGCAAGAGUAUUCUUUCUGCAGCCUCGCGGAGCGAGGCACAGAGAGACAGCACUCCGAGAUUCGCAAUGCUGCGAGGAGAGGCCAGCGAUAUGCCGGCCCUGCGGUUGUUGCGAGCCGGAAGCGAGAGAAGCAGGUCGUAGCCAUGAUUGGUGAUCCCCAGCAGCUGCAGUUUCUUGUGGCACACUGGCGUGAUAGGCAGAUCUGGGAACACCUGCUUGAGCAUUGCUUGCCGAAGCAAACAGUCAGGCGAAUGACAGUUGUGCAGAGAUUGGCGAAGGUGUAUGCAUACCACCCAGACGAGCACUUCAUGGACGUGAGCGAGGAGGCAACUGCCCAGGCCGUGUACCAAAAGGCAUUGCUGGAUGCCUCGGCUGCUGCCCGCACGGAAGACUCCGUGCCGUUGAAGCUGGACCCAGCCCCUCAUCAGAGGCUGAGCGGUCACUUGUGCAAAGAUUUGCCCGUUCGCUUGUGCAAAGCGUUGGGCGGUCGCUUGUACGCGUGGAGGUGCGUUUUGUAUUGGCAGGGCCAAUGA